AUGGUUCGAAAGAGUUACAAACAAAACAAAAGAGACCGUGAACAACGUCCAUUGAUGAACGAGAUUGUGAGAGCACUCGAAACGGCACUCAUAUAUCAGGCUCCAUCAACAUCUCCAACACCUACUCCAACUCCAAAUCCUCCUUCAUCUCUAUUGUCCAAGUUGAUUACUGUCUUACCUCCACCGCCAGAGUCAAAGAGGAUGUUCUCACCACCGACAUCUCCCCGUCCGGAGAGCUCUAACGUGACAGCACAACCUCCAUUUCCUCGUUCAAAGAACAAUAAGGUGCACCUCCGCUUUUGAAGACCUCAAAUGUGCCACCACCACUACCUCCACCUUAUGUUCCAAAGAAGAAUAAUGAAAAGAAAUGGAGGGUAUGAGAUGGAAGAGCAGGUUCGUGUAAGCUCAAACCAUGAAACGUUGACAGGAUAGUUGAUUCAACAUAUACUGCCGGUUAUUACUAUAUAAUUGCAACAGAAACUAUAAAAAACUUGGCCUUGCCAUUUGUCCGUAUUCGAUUCACUAUAUCUAUUUGAAGUAUUAAUUUGUUGAGGU